AAAAAAAGAUCUGCCCAAUUAUUCAUAUCUAGCCCCUUCAAAACUUUGGCUCACUUCGCCACUGAUUUGUUUCAUCACACUUCUAUGCAAAUACUUACGCCUAUAGAAUAGAAUACAUUAUAUCCUACAUAGAGUAAAUCAUGUAUAGUACUAUUGGUUCAAGUAGCAUCAUGUGACCGAAUAUAUUUCAACUCUGACGUCAUACCUCGAUAUAUUUUUGGAUACUAGUAUAUCGAGGUCUGACAUCAUUAUUUCACAAAACUGGAUCUAGCUAAACUCUCAGGCACACCGGCCAGCGCGCUCUCUCUCCCGGGCAAGUCCAGCGAUGUGUCGGCACAGGCACUGAUCUGCGUUCUGCUGAGCACGAUGGCUCAGAGAAAAAUUCCCAUUCAGCCGUUGGACUGAACUGGUACUGUAACACAGUAUGGAUGGUCAAUAUGAAGCAAGCUUCAUCGAAUUCCUCCAAGAGCUCUGUACUCUGUUCUGAUCAUUUUGAAGAUGCUUGCUUUGACAGGACUGGGCAAACGAUUCGUCUAAGACAGGAUGCUGUCCCAACCACAUUUAAUUUGCCGCCUCGUCAUCAGAAGAAUGCACACAAACCAGGGAAACCCUCGAAAGAAAGUCAUUUAGAUUCAGCAAGCAACCUCCCAGAUACUGCAAAGACACCUGUACCAAAGUCUUCAGCACCUUCCCUGGGACUACUACUCAAUGCCAAAAAUCUAAGAGGGAUGGAGACCAGCAGCAUGGCAGCAGGAGCUAAUGUUGGUCGUGAUGAGGCAUAUACCACCAUCAACAAUGCUGCAAUUGCAGUCACCACCACCAAGUCUGCUUCUGUCACUGCCAUCACCAUUGCCACCGCCAUUACCAAGACCACUCCUGACACAAAGCCCCCAAGUCCUCAACUGACCAGAUAUUGCAGCUGGAGAAGGAUAUACCAGGAACUUCAAAGCCAGGGCUUGCCAGUCUCCUACAAUAAGAAAAAUGCCAUGGGCCCAUCUAAUGAACUAGUAGUAGAAUAUUUGGCCACAGUUGUAGAAAUGCAGAGACUAACAUACUGCCACAGGUGAGGUUUUGUCCACAGUUCCAGAAGGACACAAAAUAGUAUCAGAAAGUCAUGCCAGAAUCAACAACUGAAGGGUUUGAAGAGCCAGAUAAAGAGCCUAGAAAUGUGAUUUAAACGUACUUCAAUCACAUGCACAGUAGGAGCAAAAACAGCAGCAAACACACAGGAGAUGUAACACUACAUUGAUCAACAGCAACAACUACAGCAGCAUCAACAAUUUCUGCAGGAGAUGCAAAAACCACACUGGCAACCUCAACAACAUCAAGGUGUCCAACAAACACUCCGGGAACGUUAACAGCAACCACAGCUUCAGCUGGAGUUUCAACAAA